ACCGCGUAAACACUGGAGCGCGCGGUCCAGCCAGUGUCCUUCUACCUGGUGGAGCCUGCGUUUGCAGAAAGGUGGUGGCUGUGGGAGCCAAGAUGGCUACCCCAAAGAGAACUUUGAAUUUUAGUGAAAGGCAUCAGAAAUUAGUAGAUGAAAACUUUCGUAGAAAUUUGGAUAUUAAAGCACUAAAAGAGAUGCAGACUCAAAUCAGCAAGCAAAUGGAGAAGAAUAAAACUGAUGACAGUAUUGAGUGCAGGAGAUUCCUCAGAUUAUUACAGAAUGAACAGUACGAGUUGGAUAUGGAAGAAGCCAUCCAAAAAGCAGAAGAAAACAAGAGAUUGAGGGAACUCCAGCUUGAACAAGAAGAAAAAUUGGCUCUGGAAUUGGCAAAAUUAAAACAUGAAAGUCUAAAGGAUGAAAAGAUGAGACAACAAGUAAGAGAAAACAGUAUUGAGCUCAGAGAAUUGGAGAAGAAAUUAAAAGCAGCUUACAUGAAUAAAGAAAGAGCAGCCCAGAUUGCUGAGAAGGAUGCCAUUAAAUAUGAGCAAAUGAAACGUGAUGCUGAAAUAGCCAAGACCAUGAUGGAAGAGCACGAGAGAAUGAUGAAGGAAGAGCAUGCUGCCGAAGACAGAAGAAACAAAGUGAAAGCACUGUACUGUCUUGACUUGGAGAAACAACUGGAAGAACAAGAGAGAAAAAAGCAGGACGCUUACGAGCACUUGCUGAAAGAGAAACUCAUGAUUGAUGAAAUUGUUAGGAAAAUCUAUGAAGAAGAUCAAAUGGAGAGACAACAAAAAUUAGAAAAAAUGAAUGCAACUAGAAAAUAUAUUGAGGAGUUUCAGAGAGAGCAGACUAUCUGGAGAAACAAGAAACGUGAGGAGAUGGAAGAAGAAAACAGAAAAAUCAUAGAGUUUGCCAACAUGCAGCAGCAAAGAGAAGAACAUAGGAUGGCAAAAGUUCAGGAAAAUGAGGAAAAAAGGCUGCAGCUUCAGAAUGCGCUGACUCAGAAAUUGGCGGAAAUGCUGCGGCAACGUGAAGACCUGGAACAAGUACGACAGGAAUUAUACCAGGAAGAACAAGCUGAAAUAUACAGGAGGCAACUAAGAGAAAAAGUAGAAGAGAAAUUGAGAAAGCAGAGAGAGUUGAAGCAAGAUUUUGAAGAACAAAUGGCUUUGAAGGAAUUAGUAUUACAGGCUGCAAAAGAAGAAGAGGAGGCUUUUAGAAAAACAAUGCUAGCUAAACUUGCUGAGGACGACCGAAUAGAAUUAAUGAAUGCUCAGAAACAAAGAAUGAAGCAACUGGAACAUAGAAGGGCUGUGGAAAAACUUAUUGAAGAACGUCGCAACCAAUUUCUUGCAGACAAGCAACGUGAGCUGGAAGAAUGGCAGUUACAGCAAAGAAGACAAGGUUGUAUUAACAAUAUUAUUGAGGAAGAAAGGCUAAAACUUCUCAAAGAACAUGCUACAAAAUUAUUAGGAUAUCUCCCUAAGGGAAUAUUUAAAAAAGAGGAUGAUAUUGAUAUGCUUGGUGAAGAGUUUAGGAAAGCAUAUCAGAAAAGGAAGGAAAUUUGUGAAGAAAAGUGAUACCAUCAAACUUGGAACAGUGAGAAGAAUUCCUAUCCUUUAAAUGAUUGGUAUGAUUCAGCAGUGAAACCAUCAGUGCUUUUCUUUGGAGACACUCAUUAUUGGUCUGUUAAGAUUUUGUUUCUUCAUAAUUGCUUUAGUCAGCUUUUUCAUCACUGUGACCAAAACAUCUGACAAGAAUAAGUAGAGGAAGAAAAGUUUAUCUUGGUGGAAUCCUCCAUGAUCCCCUUAAUUCUAGCAUCUUGCAUUCCUGCAGAACCACACAGUUGAUGCCAAGAUCUCCUGCCAUCUUGAGCAGUAGUCUCUAAGGACUGUGGUUGUAAGCAGCCUGAGUGGCUGAGCAAGGUGAAACUACUUCCUAGUCCCACCCCCACCCUGCAAGCAGGGUUCUCGCAGGGUUUCUUCUCAAAAGAACUUUUGCAUCCUUGAGCCUGACAUGGUUGUCAUCUUGUCAAUUUCUGAGAUAUCCUCAGAACAUCAGUCUUUCCUGUUGUUUCUGAGUACUUACCAGUGUCUCUUUAAUGACCACACCUUCCUUAGCCCCAGUUUUACUCACACUUCUCUGACCAAGUUUUUCAAAUCUUUGCUUUCUGCUCCUAAUUAUCACAGUAAACUUGGUUAAAAGCUGCCAGUAAUAUCCAUGCCACUGCCUGAAUACUGUGCUGCCUUGAAAUUUCCUCCAUCAGAUUAAUUAGUCCAUUAUUUUAAAUUCAGCCUCACAAAGACUCUUAGAACAUGGGCAAAAUGUAGACAACUUUUUUAGACUGUAGUUUAAUUUCCAGUAGAAUCGUUCUCUGAAACCUCAUGAGCCCAAUCUUUACUCUCCACUGUCCUGUGGACAUUCUAGUCUUAUGAAACCCCACCAGAUUCACCCAUUAAGCUUUGCUUAUAACACUUAAAGUUUUUCAGUUUGCAUCUCCAAACUUUAGCAAAUUCCACCCUCCAAGAAUUAGCUCCAAAUGCUUCCAAACCAUGUGACCAGGUUAGUCACAUCAAUGACCCUACUUCUCAGUACCAAUUUCUGUUUUAAUCAGUAUUUUUGGCUGCUAUAACCAAAAGAGCUGACAAGAACAAUUUGAGAAAAAGAAAAUUUUAUUUGGCUGAUGGUUUCAGAGGUCUCAGUCCAUAGAUGGCUGGUUCCGUAGCUCUGGGCCCAAGAAGAGGUUGGACAUCAUGGCAGAGAGUAUGGUGAAGGAAAGCAACUCAGAACAUGGCAAUUAGGAAGCAGAGAAUUCUGCUCACCAUGGACACAAUAUAAACCCCAAAGGCCCAGUGACCUGUCUCCUCCACCCAGUUGAUCCAUAUCAGAGGAUUAAGCCAUUAUUCCUCUCAUAAUCCAAUUGUUUCAUCUCUGAACAAUGGGAACACCUCAUAUCUAAACCAUAAAUAACAAUAAUUCAAUCAUAGUAGGUUGUGUGCAUCCAGAAAUUUAUUUCUUGUAACUUAUCCAACUUGGUGUCAUAUAACUAUUAGUCUCAUGAUCCUUUUUAAUGUCUUUUUCAUCUGAUUUUGAAUCUUUUAUUCAACUUUAGUCUUGUUCAAGUUUAGAUAACUGUAAUCUUUUCCAAAACCAACCUUUUUUUUUUUCAUUAAUUUUUUGCACAGGUUGAUUAUCCAUUAUCUGAAAUGCUUUGGACCAGAAUAUUUUCAUAUAUAAUAUCUUGGAGGUGAAACUCUAUCCUAAACAUGAAAUACAUUUUAUAUUCCAUAUGCACAUACCCUGAAGGCAAUUUCUUACAGUAUUUUUAGCAUAACUAUGUUUUAACUACAACCUGUCACAUUAAGUGUUUUUCGUUUUUGGCAUUAGGUCAGACAAAAUGUCUUGGAUUUUGGAGGAUUGAUGAUUUUGGAUUUUUAGAGUAGGGAUAUCCAACCUGGCUCAUUUUCCUAGUUCCAGUUUCCCUUAUGUCUGAUCUUUAUUAUUUCCUUUCUUGUACUAAUUUUGAAUUGAGCUUGUUUUUUCUAAUUCCUUGAGGUGCAAUUUUGGUGUUUUGAACUAUUUCCUUUUUGAAAUACGCAUUUAUUGCUUUGAACUUCCCUUAGAAAUGCUUUAGUUUUCAUUUUUCCUCUCAAAUUCAAAAUUUACCUUUUCCUCACUGAUUGCUGGUUAUUCAGGAGCAUAUUGUUUAACUUCCGUGUAUUUGUAAAGUUUCUGAAGUUCCUUCUGUUACCAAUUUAUAGUUUUAUACCAUUGUGGCUAAAAAAAGAUACUUGAUGUAAUUUUAUUAAAAUUUGUUUUGUGGACUAAUGUGAUCUAUCCUGAAGAAUGUUUUAAGUGCACUUAAAAAUACGUAUUUUGUUCUUGGAUGGAAUUUUGUUUUUUAGAAGUGAAACAUUCAAUGUUUGAUUUUUCUCUCAAUUUAUCCAUUAUUGAAUGUGGGUCAUUGAGGUCCUACACCAUCUUUCCCUUCAGAUCAUUUAAUAAAAACUGCUAUAUGUAUUUAGGUGCAUACAUAUUUGACAAUUUCUUAUUAAUGCUCUUGAUAUUACAUAAUGACCUUUGAAUCUAGUUUGUGUCUAAUGUGUACUUUGACAUAACUAUCCUAGUUCUCUCUGUAUGAAAUAUGUUUUUGCCAUCCCUUUACUUUGUGUACAUCCUGAGUCUUACAGGAAGUGUACGGGUGGAUUUUGUUAUUUAUCCAUUUAGCUCCUCUUAUUUGGAAAAUUUAAUCCAUUAACAUUCCAGAUGAUUAUCAUCAGCAUUUACUACUACUGUUUUGUGAUUCUGCUUUGUUGAUCUUCCACUCUUAGGGCCUUUGUGGCUGAGUAAUGUUCUCUAAUUGCAUGUGUUUUUUUUUUGUUGUUUUUUUAAAUUAAUUUUUUAUUUAUAUAUGACAGCAGAAUGCAUUACAAUUUUUAUUAUACAUAUAAAGCACAAUUUUUCUUUUUUCCCCCCAGUGGUGGUGCAGGGGAUUGAACCCAGGGCCUUAUACAUGCUAGGCAAGCACUCUACCAACUGAGCUAUAUCCCCAGCCUCUAAAGCACAAUUUUUCAUAUCUCUGGUUGUAUACAAAGAAUAUUCACACCAAUUUUUGUUUUCAUCCAUGUAAUAAUGUCAAUCACAUUCCAUUAUCAUAAUUGUAUGAUUUGAUUCUUUUUAUUUUUAGUGUACUACAGGCUUUUGCUUUGUGAUUAUUAAAGAGACUUGCACAUCUCAUAAAACAGGUUAUUAUGUUAAACUGAUAACUUUGAUCACAUAAUCCACUUUAUAUAUUUGAUGUCAGAUUACAUCUUUGUGCCUAUUUACAUCUCAGGCUUAACAAAUUAAUACUUUUAAUUUUGCUAGUAAACCUUCUUCAUACUAAACAUACGUGAUUUAUAUAUUCCACCAUUACAGUCCUCAUUGGCUCUGGUGGUAUUAGGAGCACUUAUAGCAGGCCCACUUCAGUAAAUCCCAACACUGGGCAGAUGUCCCCUUGACUCCUAGUACCAUUUAGGAAUUCACAGUCCCUGCAAGACAGACAAGUCUGCUAGCCAGCGCAGCAGCCUUAGAUUAUGUACAGACCUCAUCAGUAGGCAGACAGACCUCAGUGCCUGUAGGUUUCGGGUGCCAAAUAUUUCACCUGUGGGAAGGAUCACUGGAGAGUCCUAUUCUACCAUUUGCUCCAUCUCCCAGGAUGUAAAAUAUUUUUAAGUGCAGUUGUAAAAUAUCAAAAAGGUCAUAAGAAAAAAAUUAAAAAUGGUCAUAAGAAAUAGAUUAAAAAAUUCUUGCUGCUUUAUUUUAUACAAUAUUUCCUUUUUCAUUAAUAAUUACAUAUGAGAAAGUUUUAUAGCCCCACAUCUAAUUAGGAAAUCUUUGAAGAUUUUUGUGAAACUAAAAAGUUUUAACUUUUUAAGUUAUAAAGACUAAUUGAAGUAGAUCAUUCAUGAAUUGCCCCAUUCAAGUGCCUUCAUAAAUUCUUCUUCAGUGAAAGAUAGCAUCUUGGCAGCUUCAAUGUGCAUCUGUUUAAAAAGAAAUCAAUAUUGUCUGACUUAAUAUUGAGUAGACCUUAAAAAGGAAAGUGGGAGUACUAUGAACUCCUUUCUUCCCACUACAUAUUAAGAGCAAGGAACAACAGUGAUUUGGAAUUAAAGUUCUUUAAGGUUUGAAAAGGAAAAUAGUCACCUAAAUAGUUAUUGUUAUAUGUGAUUCUAUAUUUGGCAAAUAUUUGUACCAGUCCCAUUUUCCAUGUAACUAAUUUACUUGCAUGAUAUAUUAUACAAGCUUAUGUAUAAUAGAUUUUAUUUAGAUAAAAAUUUGUCUAAGGAUACCAAAAUGUAACAAAGUAAAACUCUAAUACAAAGGUCCAGAUAAUAUCUAUAAUCCGUCAUUGAUACUCACCUUCUGCCUUUUUAAAACAUCAAUUAAUUUUAAUUGUUUCUUAAACCCUAUUAUUAAUUCUCCUUUUUGUUUUUCUAGCUUCUUGUUUUCUGAUUUUAACAUUUCAAUUUUUUUGUGUUCUUCAUUUGCUAUAUCCUACAAAAGAAAAAUUUCUAGUAUGUAAUCUUUAUAUUUCUUUGAAGUAAAUUAUUUCACAUCAGUAAUAAAAAUUAUUUUUAACUGAAAUAUACAUGUACAUAAAAUUUUCUUUGUAUUACCAAAUUACUGGAAUUUGAUAGCUUUAAAUCAUGGUCAGGUCAUAUUAUAAACUUGUAUUGAAUGAACUCUGGACAGUUAACAAAUAUUUGAACCCCAAAAAUACAUUUCAAGGCAUAGAUGAGUAAUCACUACUAAGCAAAAUAUGAUCUUUAAAGGAUAUACUGGUUGAAGACCUCAUUUACCUAGUUUUUCCUGAAUGUACUUAACCAGUUCAUGGGUUCACAGGGAUAGACCUCAAACAAAAACAGUAGUCUUGUUGGACUAAUAGUACUGCCAGGAUGGUACAAAUUUCUAUGUGGAAAUCCUUUAAAAAGCCCUUGAAAUCUGCAUACAUACAGGGAACAGGUAUAGUCUAAAAACUUAGCAGAGAAUUCAUGCACUGCUCAUAAGGGAGACUAGAUCAUAGUAAAAUUGUCUUAUACAAUGCAAAAUCUCUCUGUAUUUGAAAUACUGAAAUGUUUACUCUUUCAUAUAAUAAUAAAAUGAUACCAAAAGGAAA